AUGGCAGACGAGAAGUACAGCGCUGAGCAGCACGAAUACGCUCCGCGGGUUCAGCAGAAGCCAAGCGUCGGUCGUUAUGCCGCGACGCGCAUCACGACCCUCAAGCCCGCCAUGGCCAAGGUGCAGAACCCCAUUGCACUUCUCCGGCUCCUGAACCUCCAGCAGUGGAUGUUCUUCCUGGUCGCAUUCUUCGCGUGGUCGUGGGACGCCUUCGACUUCUUCACUGUGUCGCUUACUGUCGAGCCGCUUGCUGAGUCUUUCGGCAAGACGAAGAAAGAUAUCACCUGGGGCAUCACCCUCGUGCUGAUGCUGCGGUCCGUUGGCAGUAUCAUCUUCGGGCUGGCUGCUGAUCGCUAUGGGCGAAAGUGGCCCUUCAUCAUCAACAACCUCCUGUUCAUUGUGUUGGAGCUGGGCACCGGGUUCUGCACCACAUACGAGCAGUUCCUCGGUGUGAGGGCGCUCUUCGGCAUCGCCAUGGGUGGCCUGUACGGAAACGCUGCUGCGACUGCUCUGGAAGACUGUCCCGAGGCCGCGCGUGGUAUCAUCUCCGGCAUGCUGCAGCAAGGGUAUGCAUUUGGGUACCUCAUGGCGACCGUCUUCGCGCGCGCCUUUGUUAACACCGUCGGCCACACCUGGCGCCCUCUCUUCUGGUUCGGCGCAGGCCCCCCCGUGCUGAUCAUCAUCUUCCGCCUGUGCCUGCCAGAGACGCAAGCGUACCAGGAGCGCAAGCGGAUCCGCGAGGAAGAGCCCAACGCGGCCAAGCUGUUCAUGCAGGAGGGCAAGCACGCGCUCAAGAAGCACUGGAUCCUACUCAUCUACAUGGUGCUCCUGAUGGCCGGCUUCAACUUCAUGUCCCACGGCUCCCAGGACCUGUACCCCACCAUGCUGUCCAACCAGUACAACUUCUCCGCCAACCAGGUCACCGUGACCCAGGUCGUGGCCAACCUAGGCGCCAUGACAGGCGGCACGCUCGUCGGGUACAGCUCCUCCAUCUUCGGCCGCCGUCUGAGCAUCAUCGUCAUGUGCAUCAUCGGCGGCGCACUGCUGUACCCAUACACCUUUACGAGCAGCAACGCCGUCAUCGCCGCCGCCUUUUUCCAGCAGUUCUGCGUCCAGGGCGCAUGGGGCGUGAUCCCCAUCCACCUGAUGGAGCUCUCGCCGGGCUCCUUCCGCACCUUCGUCGUCGGCACCUCGUACCAGCUGGGCAACCUCGUCUCGUCGGCCUCGUCGACAAUCGAAGCCACCAUCGGCGAGCAGUUCCCGCUCCCCCCCAAGGGCAAAAUCGCGCGCUACCAGUACGGCCUGGUGAUAUGCAUCUUCAUGGGCUGCGUGUACGCGUACGUCAUCCUCCUCACGUUCGUCGGCCCGGAGUAUCGCGGCCGCAACUUCGAUGUCGCCGCUGAUGAGGACAUGGCGGCGGUUACGGGCGUGGAUGAUAAGAUGCGCAAUUACAGUGUCGAUGAGGCGGAGAGGAGGGAGGUGCAUGUUUGA